AUGGGAGGAAAUGAUGAACCACGUUUUCGAGUUCUUCAUGUCAGUAAUAUUUCGACAACUGCAACAAGGGAACAAAUAUAUCAGCUAUUUGCAUUUAUUGGAAGAAUCGAUGAGUUUAAGGUUUCAUUUCUAUCUUCGUUUACUCAAAAAUUUGCUUAUGUUAAAUUUGAAGAUCAUAAAUCAGUUGAAGUUGCGCAACAUCUUACGAAUACUGUGUUUAUAGAUCAUGCAUUAGUCUGCGUACCUUCUAUUUCAGAUGUAAUACCAGAUGAAGAAACUGCUUUAAAAACUGGUGGACCAGCUUGGCCAGGACAGCGUCAACUUCCACCGAAUGUAACGAAUCAGGUGCAAGAUAUGGGCGAUGGAACGCAAAUGUUGCUUACAGUGGACCCGACGCUGGCUGCGCUUGGUUUACCACCUUAUCCCGCUCUCAGUGCUGAUACAGAUCCAGCGAAGGUUGAGGAGAUACGUCGAACAGUAUACGUCGGUAAUCUUCCUAAGGAUAUCGCUGGCGAAGAAAUUAUGCAAUUUUUCAACGAUAAUAUCGGCGAGGUGAUGUAUCUGCGAAUGACAUCAGGAACUGAAAAUCUUCCUUGUGCUUACGCAUACAUUGAAUUCACCAACCAGCCAACUAUAUCCAUAGCACUUCAAAAUAAUGGAAUAGAGUUCAGAGGUCGUUGUCUGAGGAUUCAACAUUCCCGUGUCGCAAUCAUCAAACCGGAGAGGAAAACUGCCGACAUGGCUUUGCAAGAAGUUGAAGAAGCUAUACGGGUGAACCAACAUCCAGAAAAAUCAAGUAUUGAUCGGGCUUAUUCGCCUUUACGUCGAUCACCAUCUCCUCGUCGACGUCGUAGUCGUAGUUUAGAACGUCGAAGACGGUCUAAAAGUAGAUCUAGAUCGCGUCGUCGACAUAGUCGCUCACAUGAUCGAAGGAGUCGCUCUCGUGAUCGACGCAGUCGAUCACGAGAGCGACGAUCACGUAGUAGAUCCAGGGAUCGCCGAAGUCGUCGGUCGCGAUCAAAAGAGCGAAGAGAAAAAGAAAAGGUAAAAUUUUGUAAAAUUUUUUGUCAUGAUAGAAAAUAUAUGUUGCCAUGA